AUGCAAAGAACGUGGGCGACGGUCAUGUUUGCUUUGACAAUGAUCAUAGUAUCAGUAUCUAUACAAACAGAGGCAUAUGAGCAAAGAAGUGAUCUUGCACGUACUCCAUCAUCGGCACUGGAACAUCAAUCAGAGAAUGAAUUGAUUCCUAAGCCUAUACCUUGUAUGUCCGACGUAACAAAAGUUCCCGAUUGUAUUAAAGCAGUGAUGCACUUCAGAUUCAUUGAAGUCACAAAGGAGUGUUGCACCACCGUACUUAAUUUUCCUGAAGAUUGUUUUGGGGUUGAGUUUCCUAGUAAAUUCAUCUAUCGUUUUCUCCUUAGGGUUUUCUGCAAAAUAGUUGGUCAUAUUUGA